AUGAGUUGCUUAGGAGGAAGAGUUGACGUUAUUAAACUGUCUGUCAGCCCGGACUACUGGGGUUUGCUGAACCCCGAAUGGAAGCUCUGUAAUAGAGGUCGCAGACAAUCUCCAGUGGACAUAGCUCCGACCAUCUUGCUCUACGAUCCAGGAAUGGGAAGAGUGGAGGUGGACAAACAGAAGGUGAACGGCACCCUCAAAAACACAGGACACAGCGUCAGGUUUCGUGUGGACACGGACAGCCCUAUAGUAUCUGUGAGCGGUGGUCCGUUAUCAUAUAAGUAUCGAGUCCAUGAAAUACUGCUACAUUACGGAAGAACGGAUGAUAAGGGAUCGGAACACACAAUUUCCGGUCACGCAUUUCCGGCUGAGUUGCAAGUUUUAAGUUACAAUAAUCAAUUAUACGACAACAUGAGCGAAGCAAUGCCCAAAACUCAAGGAUUAGUGGGAGUAGCUGUGAUGAUUCAGAUAUCAAAUGUGUCUAGUCCAGAUCUCCGUUUGCUUACGUCACACUUGGACAAAAUUAUUCAUAAAGGGCAGUCUACAAACAUAACGCAUAUAUCAGUUCAAGGUCUACUACCAGACACGAGCCAAUUUAUGACAUAUGAAGGUUCCAUUACAAUGCCAGGUUGUCACGAGACGGUGACAUGGAUUAUACUAAAUAAACCUAUUUAUAUCACAAAAGCAGAGAUAUUUCUACUGCGGCGUUUAAUGCAAGGGGACGAAGAACACCCUAAGACGAUCCUUGCGAAUAAUUAUCGUCCUCCACAGCCUCUCUACAACCGCUCCGUCCGAACAAAUGUAUUUAACCAUGACAUUGGGACUGCCGGGCGCAUUUAUGUCUGGCGAACGCCCUCAGAAGCCUUUAAUCCUGAAUGCCUCUUGCCGACUGUGAAGUGUGUUUAUGGAUACGCCAUAACUCAAUUUAAUGCUCCAAAAACUUCAACACCUAGUGGUAAUUCUAAAGAUUUGGUCAUUGCUGUCGGUGGAAAAGACACAAGCAUAGUUCACAAUCCCACAGCUGCACAGAACAGUAGGAUAGCCAAUUUGAUCUACCAGUUGCAUCGCAGGCCCUGUGGAACCAGAGACCAAACGGUCACUUAA